AUGGACGGCCGAAAAGACGACCUGCCUCUGGACCCCCUGACGCUGUAUUGCGACGAGCAAAGGCAAGAGCCUGAAGGACAGGAUGAGCCUCUGACACGAGUGGGACAGCCGUAUCAGGGCGUCGUCACUCGGCAGAUUAAUUUUAUCUCAUCCUAUCUUGCUCUUGGAGACCGGAACGCGAAAGCUGACAUGUCAAGACAGUCUCGAACCUUGACACUUCUAUUAGCUGCUUUGUCUGACUCUUCCCUGCGAGUCUCCCUGGAGCAGAUCAAGGCCAGUGCAAGCAAUCAAGAUGCGCAGCCGGUAGCAGCCAAAAAGGCAGACCGGGUCAGACUCGCUGCUAGCAAUGCCGCGACAUUCUUGCAGUCUCACGAAGCAGAUGCCCGCUUGCCUCGCUAUCUCAGCCUGUUGCACGAGUCAGCUACAGUCACUGCAAGUACACACAAGCCUAAGCGUAGCGCAGACCAGGCGCGCUAUCCAAUCUUGUCUGCUGCGACGUGCUCCCAGCAGGAUGGCCUCGCGCGUACUCUCCACAUCCUCGAGCAGCUCGCAGCGCAAGAAGGCCUAGAUACAUACAAAGAAACACAGACGAGCUCCCACGUAGCAGACACGAUCACGUUGGCAGGCAAGCUCGUCAUUGUCGACAUCGAUGUCGAUGUGUCCGGCAAAAUCGAUAAAGUCAGGUUGACUUAUGGUCCGGAUGCCAAGCCAGAUAGCAAGCUGUCCGCCGUGCUAUACACGCCAUUGUCACGGCUGCAUCUUUUGCCAGCUGAGCGUGCAGGGGUCGAGAAGGACCUCCAAGCUUGGCGAGCAGCCUUGCAGCAGAUCAUUUUACUUGACCAUGCGCUCCAUGCAGGCGAGAGUCUAGACCUGUUCGACAAGUUACACGAGCUGUACUCGGGUCUGGCCGGUCUUCCUCAUGACUUUUCGGUCAUCGAGGACGUCUUGCCGGGUCCGCUGGUCAUCUACCGCGCCAAGCCUAUGCUCGCGCAACCCACAGAACCACAUGUUGCCGACUUGCUCUUUUCUGCCGAGAGAUGCACUGCGACGAUCAGCCGAGCCUCGGGCAGAUACAGAGCGUAUCUGAGGCCUCCUGUAUGGCUCGCAGACUCGGAUGUGCAGAGGCUCGGCCAGCUCAUCCAGCUGGGCCAAAGCAAACCUUGCUCAAUGACCGAAGCGCUGAUUCCUCAAGUCAAGCCGGAGCAUCGCUAUGCAGUAAAGUCAGACAGCGCCAUCUCGCUCAGCUUUGGAAUAUCUGCCGCCUUGUCAAUCCAAGGCAUCAUGCUGUCAUCUUUCGACUUUGGCACUGCAGAAGACCUCGUCUUCGCUCUCACACAGCUACAAGCUAGCGCAAAGUUCAACGACAUCUUGAUGAGCUGCUUUGACCCUGCUGCGACUUCACUCGAUGCGCCAUUACUCACUAAAGUCAAGCUGACACUGUCUGACCUUAUGAGAGCAAGUGUACUCGACAAAGCACAUGUUGAGCUCAAUGUACUCGUGAGCCCGCUACGCAUCGUUGCGAUAUUGCCCGCACCGGACAGCACACAGCUGCAAGUGACCACACAUUCGAAAACGGAACGCAUUCAUACAGAACUUGAUGGGCUGGCAGCGCUCGAAUCCGAUCAGCCGCUUUGCCAGACAGUACUACGAGAGACAGAGAGUCUUCCGUUGGCAGUAGAGAUGCUCUACACACGUAUGUCGGGUCGCAUCCCCCAUGACUCACAGGAUCUUCCAACGCCGAUGAUCAUCCCAGCAACCUCUCCUGUUGUCACGGGUCCAAUGUCGUCGCCUUCGUCCACGCCAAAGCUCAGACGAAGAGCAGUAUUGCGUACGCCCAGUCCUUCGCCUUCGCAAACCGGACAGACGCCCAGUCCGAGCCGAAAGCGUCGCAGUCCAGAAGUAGAGCGUUCGCCCGCUCGACGAAGCACGCGACACACGCCUGACCAGAGAACCCCGGCACCCGAUCUACCUCGCCGAUCAAGCGCACGCAAGGCUUCUGCCGAACCUUCCGAACCCUCUAGUCCUCCCAGCUCGCGGAGAUCAUCUCGCGUAUCGCCCCGGCCGGAGCUGAUGAGAGUCAAGUCUGACGAGGACGAAGUGGGCUCUGCUGGUGGGCGACGCCGGAAACGAUCGCGGCAAGGCUAG